UCUAGUGGAGAACAAUAUGGAAAAUAUGAUGAAGAAGAAGAUGGUGAAGAUGAAGAAGAAGAAGAAGAUGGUGAAGAUGAAGAAGAAGAAGAAGAUGGUGAAGAUGAAGAAGAAGAAGAAGAUGGUGAAGAUGAAGAAGAUGCUGAAGAUGCUGAAGAAGAAGAAGAUGGUGAAGAAGAAGAAGGUGGUGAAGAUAAAGAGGACGAAUACGAACAACAGCAACAACAAACCAAUAAUGAUGAUGAACAAUUUGACGAAAUAUUCAUGGAUGUAGACGAAGAUCAACAGCAAAAUUUACUCCAUCAAUUUUCUAUUCAAUACAUGAAGAAAGCUGUUGAUUUCUAUGAUGCAGUAAAUGAGAAAACAGGCAAGAAACAACAUUCCUGGAAAUCGUUCCAACACCACUUUCACAAAGUAAAAAAUCGAUCGUAUAUAGGACGCUUCCGUACAUAUUUGGAAAAUAACGGAACAAAACAACAAAAGCUUGAUGAAAUAGAUCAGUAUACAUAUAAAAAAUUUGAAAAAGCACGUGGAGAUUUUCUGAUUGUACAUGAUACUGAUUUGAAAAAAUGGUCUUUGCAGAAAGCUAGAGAAAUUCAUGACACUACAUUUAGAGCUAGUGAUAAUUGGGUUCUUAAUUUCAAGCGUCGGCAUACAUUAUGCAGCCGAAAAAUAACAAAGCUUAUAACAAAACGAGAAGUACUGGAUGCGGAUACUAUAAGUAAUUCUGCAAAUAAUUUCGUAAGUAAAGUUAAAAAACUUUUGCCACAUUAUCGACAAAGCAAUGUUUUGAAUACCGAUCAAAGUGGUCUUGAGAUCGAAAUGGUGGGAAAUCGCACUUUGUCAUUCAAAGGUGAAAAAGCCACAUUUGGAAAAGUUCGAUCUGUAUAUAAUACAUCACAUAGUUAUACUGUUCAAUUCAUCAUAUCUUUAAGUGGUGAACCAACGGGCACAUGCUACUUAUGUUUGAAAGAGAAAGAUGGACAUAUGUCUGAUAAUAUAAAGAAGAAUCUAUUUCAAGCAUUCAACGUAACUGCUACGUGUAGUAAAUCAGGAAAGUUGUCAUCAUCUCUUGUAAAAUACUGGAUUCAAAAGGUGUUGAAACCAGCAGUUGGUAAUGAAAAAGUCUUAUUACUGUUAGAUACUUGGGGGGGUCAAACUGAUGAACAAUUAUACUCAAAAAUGAAACAUCUUCGACUUGAAAUUAUUCCGAAGAAAACAACUGCAAUGGUUCAACCACUGGAUAUCACUUUUAAUCGUCAAUAUAAACAUCUGGUUCGUACAGUUUAUGAUCAUGUGCGCCUUUAUGAUAUUGAUUGUAAUCUUUCACAACGAGAUAAUAUAAUUAAAUUAACUUCUUUAUGUUAUAACCAAAUGUGUUCGAAGAAAUUUACACCUAUGCAUCAAUAUAGCUGGUACAAUGGUGGUUAUCUUUCAAAAAGUCCAGGAUCAUUUCAAAAUGUUGAAGAGUUGUGCUUUCGAUUUCAGGACUAUAGUUGCAAUAAAAAACAAUGCAAUAACAUUCCGUUAAUACAGUGUAGCUUUUGUGAAAAAGUUUUAUGCUUUUAUCAUUUUUUUGUAUUGUAUCAUGUUCAUUAA